AUGACCUCAGCCACUCCCCCCUCCUCUGAAGGCUCCUCUCCUCAGAAGAUAUGCCACUCCCAGACGCAGACUGACAUCACCAAGCCCCUGCUGAGCUCCACAGGUGGGACCGGAAGUGCUGGUGCAGGUGGGGGAGUUGGAACGGGAGCCUUAGGGCCUAACGCUCUGCGAAGGAGGCGGCGCGUCCUCUCGAAAGACGGACGAAGUAAUGUACGCAUCGAGCACGUCAGCGGACGGGGGGCGCUUUACCUCCGCGACCUCUGGACCACUUUCCUGGACAUGCAGUGGCGCUACAAGUUCUUCCUCUUCUCGGCCACCUUCGCUGGGACCUGGUUCGUGUUCGGAGUGCUUUGGUACCUGGUGGCAUUGGUGCAUGGAGAUCUCCAGGAGUUUGACCCCCCCUCCAACCAUACUCCAUGUGUAAUGGAGGUGAAGACCCUGACGGGAGCCUUCCUCUUCUCCCUGGAGUCUCAGACCACAAUUGGCUACGGUUUCCGGUGUAUCACCGAAGAGUGUCCCGGCGCCAUUGUCCUGCUCAUCUUUCAGCUGGUCAUCACCAUGGUGAUGGAGAUCUUCAUCACCGGCACUUUCCUUGCAAAGGUCGCUCGGCCCAAGAAGAGGGGCGAGACAGUGAAGUUUAGUCAACACGCCGUUGUGUCAAAUCACGAGGGUCGUCCCUGCCUCAUGAUCCGAGUGGCCAACAUGCGCAAAAGCCUGCUGUUAGGAUGCCAGGUGACGGGGAAGCUGCUUCAGACGUCGCUGACCAAGGAGGGGGAGACGGUGCGGCUGGACCAGCGCAAUGUGCCCUUCCAGGUGGACACAUCCAGCGACAGCCCCUUCCUCAUCAUCCCGCUGACUUUCUACCACAUCAUCGACGACAACAGCCCCCUCAGGGCCUGGGCGGCAAAAGGUGGUGGCUGGACAGACCCCGACCUGGCUGACUUUGAGCUGCUAGUGAUCAUGAGCGCCACGGUUGAGCCGACCUCCGCUACCUGUCAGGUCCGAACAUCCUACCUGCCGGAUGAGAUCCUCUGGGGCUACGAGUUCCCCCCCGUCGUCUCCCUAUCUCCCUCGGGGAAAUAUGUGGCCGAUUUCGCCUUCUUUGACAAAGUGGCCAAAACCAAAACCCCGCCCCUCUUCAAGCAGGCCCUGCCACCGAGCCCGCCAUCGCAGGCGUCCCGUUACCACGGCGGCAAGGAGGCUGCGACGGACCCAGAGAAGAUGCGACUGGAGGAGAACUACAGGGGGGAGGAGAAGGGGAGAGAAAGGGGGCGCGUCAGAGAUAGCAGCCCGCUCAGUGUGCGUAUUAGUAAUGUUUGA